UUCGAUGGUUACACUUGCCCUGAUUUGAAACGCGUUUUUAGUAUUGGCAAGGUUUACAGCGAUAUGCAAUGUGCUUUGUAUUGUAAAAAAUCGUCGUCCUGUGUUGACAUUUUUUACCAACCAGAGAAAAGGAGAUGCGAUGGGUGUAUGUAUUUUUUAGAGACAGAACUGGAAAUUGCAGACGGGUUUUUGCAUUAUACAAGGAGAGAUUGUGGGAUCCCACCGUCUAUUUCUUACGGAAACAUCUCUCUGAAAUCCGGAACAAGCGUUAUGGACAGAGCAACUGUUAAUUGUGAUCCUAGAUUCCAGGCCAGGCCUGACGAAAUAACGUGUACAUUCAAUGGUACCUGGGAAACCACCUUUUGUGAAGAAUACGAUUGCUUUAUCACACGCGCCAAACUCUAUAGAGGAAAACGAAACAUAACAGAAACUGGCCAUACAUGCGAGAGAUGGGAUGACAACAUUUACAGAAAUGAAAUAAAUGUGGAUCUGAUACCAGAGACCUCGUUUUCUGAAGCCGAAAACUACUGCCGCUGCCCGACUACCAGAUGGGGCCACUUGUUGUGUUAUGCAGCCACAGAAAUUGGAACAUUUAUGUUAGCUUGUGGAAUACCGAAAUGCUGAUUGACAACGCUAAAUUGUCUAACCUUUCCUCUAUUUUAUUUACCAACUGAUUGAUUAAUAAAUAAGUCUAAAAAUAUAUGAAUGUAUAACAUCAGUGUGUAGUUUGUAAAGAAAGUAUUUUUGUUUAUCUGUUUCUUUCUAUGGUACAAUAUAGCUGAUAUUUUAUCAACCUUUACAAAGUUACAAUAUAAAUGCCACACACAACCGUUAGGCGGUUAUUUGGACAAAUUACAGGCACGGCAUUGGCUUCAUGAAAUCAUUGCUAAGUUAAUGCAGUUCAAAAAAACAAACAGCUGUGUUUUUUUUUAUUUGAUUACAAACAAAAAUGUACUGAAAAAUCAUUAUUAUUCGCGGAGCACGAAUUUUCGUGGUUUUCGUGGAUAGGUCAAUACUUGAAUUAAAGACCCGACAAAAUUUUAUCCAAACAAAUAUUUUUUACCAUAUAUCUGUUCUAUAAAAAACAACAUGCGUCGACCCAUUCUCGGCCGAUUUUUGUGGUAAGAAUGUAUACUAAUAAUCAGGUUAGUGACAGAUUAAAUCCAUACAUAGUUUAGUUUUGCAAUAUCUAAUAAAUUCGGAAGAUAAGUCGAUUGUAUGUCUUCAGUUUGCUGUCACAAAUGUUCGUUGCAUAUAAACAUCAGGGGGGACUACUUGAUCAGUCUUAGCCAGAAUAAGUGACAUCAUCGAGUAAAAAUGGGGACUCAGUGCAUUAAUUAGCACCGAUAAAACUGCUCGGUUUACACUUAUUAAUUGUUAGUCUAAUUGACUUCGAUAUUAAUGUCGUAAUUAAAGUAUAAACAACAAUAGAAAAAUAUGGUCGCUAAAAUAAUGAAUUGACUAUACAAUGUUUACAUCGGCGAAUUAUAGGGGCAGUGUGACCAAUGGAGCUGCAUAUCAUGUCAUACAAACGUGUUUCAGUCAAUUAUCGACAGUAACUGUGUUACGUCCAGAGCCAAGGAUUGACAAGAGCUGUGUUAUCUACAUGCGGUAAGUAAAACAGCGCGGUGAUUAAGAGAAAGAUUACUUUGCAUUACUUUUCACAAGAAUAUUAAAAUCAAUGAAUUUUAGAACCAACAAAAACACUCGUUUUGAUAAAACCACUAAAUUUCAUGCCCAAGAAUAUAAAUGAUUUCACAGUACUUUAAUUGUGGCUUUGUUUUUGUUUUGAAGAUGUUAUAUUUUUCUCCUU